UUGACGUGAAGAAGUAAUCCAUUGUCAAGCAAUGAAUACAAAAACAAUCAACUCUCCUGCCGCUGAUCUCAGCCCAAACGACCUAGAAGGAGCUCCGUUUCUACCUCCUGCGUUGCCCUAUGAAGCUGCCAAGAAUCCAUCAGACCAGCUUGCAACGGUGUCAGUCUUGGGAAUUCGUUUGCAAUACCGCAAGCGCAACAAGGGUUAUAUUUUCCUACUGUGUAUGAGCGCAUGUUUAGUAACUGUCGCUGUUAUUACUGCUGCUGGAUGGUAUUUGGGCUCGCUGCAUACUCGUUUGCGACGGAUGCACAAAGUACCAGUUCGUAAUGUUAUUAUGAUGAUAUCAGAUGGGUUUGGUCCAGCUUCACAGACUUUGGCUCGCAACUACAAUCAGUACCUCAACAACCUGCCUGUUGGCACUCAGCUGCCAUUGGACACUAUUCUCGUUGGCUCUUCACGCACACGCAGUUCGUCUAGUUUUGUAACCGAUUCAGCUGCUGGAGCAACUGCUUUUUCUUGUGCUCUCAAAACCUACAAUGGAGCCAUUGGUGUUAAUUCCAAUGGUAUUCCAUGUGGUACAGUGCUAGAGGCUGCCAAAGAUCGUGGCAUGUUUACGGGCCUUGUCGCUACUUCCCGUAUUACUCAUGCUACUCCUGCCGCGUUUUCUGCCCAUGUGGGUAGCCGAAAUGAUGAAGAUCAAAUUGCACUUCAGCAACUGGGCGACUAUAAACUGGGUCGUCGUGUUGAUCUAAUGUUUGGAGGUGGAUUAUGCCAUUUUCUUCCUAAUUCUACAGCAGAAAGCUGUCGUACCGAUGGUAUCGAUGUAAUGGAACAAGCACGUAAUCUUGGCUGGAAUGUCGGUGUUGGAAAAAACUACUUUGAUCAGAUUUUCUUUGAAAAAAGCACUCUUCCAUUGCUAAACUUGUUUACUUUGGACCAUAUGUCCUAUGACAUUGAUCGUGACGACGCCGUCGAGCCUUCUCUUACCAGCAUGAGUUUGAAAGCCCUUGAUUUGCUCAACAAAGCUAGUUUGGAAAAAAACACUGGCUUUUUUCUCAUGAUUGAAGGCAGCCGCAUCGAUAUGGCCGCGCAUACCAACGAUCCAUCCGCCCAUAUUGGAGAAAUCUUGCAAUACAAUACAGCCAUUAGUGCUGUAAAAAAGUUUGUUGAUGAUCAUCCUGAUACCAUUCUAAUUUCCACUUCUGAUCAUGAAACGGGUGGUCUUUCCGUUGGAUAUCAGCUUGGUCCCAUGUAUCCAAUCUAUGCAUGGUUUCCAGAAGCCAUCACAGGUGUAAAACGCUCUGCUGAGUAUAUUGUUCGUCAAAUUAAACAAUACUCUGGUGCCGAUGCUACCAACUUUAUCAAAAACACUGUAUUCCCCAAGUGGCUCAACAACACUGAUCCUGAUCCUUCUGAUGUUAACUAUCUGUCUAAUACGUCACAGCCAUCUGAUCAGAUGGAGUACAAAGUUGGUGGUAUUGUGAGCAGCUGGGCCGGUCUUGGAUGGUCAACUCACGGACAUUCUGCUGUAGACGUCAAUCUAUACGCAUAUGGUGCCAACUCGAAAGAUCUAUUUGGAAACCAUGAAAACACUGAUAUUGGCAAUUUUAUCAUCAAGAAUCUUAAUUUGGAUCUUGCUAAAGUUACCCAGGAUCUCAAUGGAUGGAAACCAGGAAACUAUACCAAGAUUGAAGAGCACUCAAUAGAAACGGAGCGUCAUAUCCAUGCUCAACAUAAUCUGUGAUUCAUGCUUUUAUCCGACACUGGCCUACAUUUGUAUGGUAUGCUUGCUCAAAGUGAUGUUGUGCAUUAGCGUUUAAAGCUAUUCACGAACAAAAUAAUACAUUUUCAAAUAAAAGGUUUAUUCCAAGUCACGU